AUGACUUGCAGUGUGGCUUGGGAUGUCGAUGUCGUUGAGGUCAGGAGGAAGCUGACGGCUAAUCUCCUCCCCGAUGCUAUUGCCAUCAUCGACUGCCUCAUUGCUCUGGAACCCAACGAUAAGGACCUCCCCCUCCUCAAGGCCCACCUACAUAGCCACGUUGGCAACCCUGAUGCCGCUAAGCAGUUGUUCGAGGAUCUCAUCUCCAAGAACACCUUCCUUGUGAAAGCCUAUCACGGCCUUGUCAUGGUGGCUUAUGAGUACCAAAGCGGCACAAAGCUUGAGGUUGUCCACAAAAGAGUUGAGCGUGAGAUCGAGAUGUUCAAGAGGAAGAUUAGGGUUGUCAAAGGGAAGUAUAACGAUGCACUCAAGGUGUAUGAGAGAAUGGUCACAGAAGAGCCGAGGGAUUUCAGGCCGUACUUUUUCCAGGGGAUCAUAUAUUCGAUGCUGAAGAAGAACGAUGAAGCUGAGAAGUAG